CAGCAUCGCACCCACCUUGAACCUCUCAUCACACGCAUCUACGUUACCAAGGGCCCUCCAUAGCUACAUCGUGGUUUGGAUUGGUUGAACUUGCUGCCGUUGUGGUCUUCUUUUCUCAUGGCCAUGCCCGGUGGUGGCUACGGCGGGUAUGGCGGGGGCGAUGGCUACAAUCACGCUGGUAGCAAUGGCGUUCACAGCAGCAACAACGGGGGUCACCGCUCCUACAGGGGCAAGGGGGGCGUGGGCGUGAUGGACGGAAGACAUCAGGAGGAGGAGGAAGAGGAGGACGAGGAGGACCUGAGCAGCUUGGAGGCGCUCGUGCUCAAGCUUGAGGAAGAAAAACACACCGAUCAACACCUGGCACACGAUACACAGGCCAAGCUUGAGAUGCGAGCAGUAGCGCACCUUGAGGUGGAGCGAGGCGUUCGAAGAAUGCAACAGGCCCACGAGGAGAAAGUGAAAGCCUUUCUACUCAAGGCGCAGGAGAUCAACGAAGACUGCCGCAUCCGCGACAACAAGAUCAAAGAGCUUCAGCAGCUUAGCCACGAGAUGGACGAGGAGAUGGCGCAAGCCCUGACAAAGCGGAAGGAGACAGUCGAACAGGUCAAGAGGGAGGAGAGAGAGGCUUUCCGGAAUCAAGAACGGUCUGAGGAACGGCCCAAGAGGCAUGCCUCAUCGAGCGGCCAUUUCGGCAGCGGCAGCGGCGAAUACAGCAGCGGCGGCGGCGGCGGCCAUAGCAACGGAGGAAUGGGAAUGGGAAUGGUUGCAAGGGUAGGAGACAUGGGUCGCCGCACCCAGUCGUCUUCAGGGGUUUCCUUUUCGCCGCGGGGGGCGUAUGUGGGCAACGGGGUGGCGGGCGGGCGGGCGGGGGGGGGUAGAGAAAUUGCGGCGGCGGGGAGAGAUAGGGAGAGUGCGGGGGGGGCGGCGGCUCAGUCCAACGCUCAACCGAAGCCCUUCGAACAGAUCCGACAGGCUUGCGUGGAAGACACUCUAACGGACUUUUUCGGCUUAUGACGGGGGACGUGUUUCGCUUCUCUCUUUUUGGACAGGAGGUUUUUGUGUUUUGGGGCAUGUGACCAAAGCCUGUCUGGGGCUUGCAAGCGCACCUCACCUGUCUGUGUGCCUUUUGGUGGUCCCGUGAGUCUUCGCUUUAGAAGGCAGCGGUCUGCGGUUUUGAAGGCGUACAGAAACGGAAUCCAGGCAGAUGGCUCAACUCCGUCGGGGGGUGCGGCCGCUUUGCUGCAGCCACGGGGCCUAUUUCGCCGGAGAAAUGGCAGCCCUGCAAGUGUAGAGUCUAUACGGCGGUGUUUUUCGUGCGUUUGGACGAUCCAUGUGUCAUUGAAUUUGUUACGUGUGGCAACAACAUUUUUUAACAAGAGAUGAGCAAGGGGUGGCUCGGUCAUGGGCGCGUUGGAUGAAUGUGGGAAGUUAUGAGAAAGUAAGUGGAGAACUGUUCUCAACGAUCUUUCUGGGGUCUCUCGACACUCUGGUUUUGGGCAAAAAAUGUCACAAGUCACAAGAGAUAGAUAUCUUAUCGGGCUUCGCGGUGUCGACCAAGUCUUGAACGUUACACUACGCUACGCGACACGGAGGGAUAGACAUCACAUCACCUCUUGAUUUGCUUUGGGCAAGGGCCGAGAGUGCUGAUCGUAUGGACACCUCUGACUCCUGUUGAGAAUCCCAUGGUUGUGUUUGGGCCUUUUCGUCUCGCCUUAUGUUCGCCAUUUUUCUCAUUUUUUUUUUCGCUGUUGUCGUUGGUGAUGAGCGUAAUCGUUGUCGGCCGGUGGACUGCUUUGUUUAUACGUUGGUCAAGUAGUUCCCCGGGUACGAAAAAUAUGGCAACCAUAGAAAUGGGUCGAUGAUGCUCUUUGGUGCAGCGUUCUGGCAUCAUGUGUUCGGUCCCCGUAGGUUGCGUUCGGCUCGGGCGAAGGCAUCUCUUCUGGGCCUCACUGUUUUUCUCAUUUGUAGUAGUGUAGCUCAUUUAUUUGUGACGUUCAUCCUCUUUUUGUAAGACUACAUGUAGCGGUGAUCUGUGGAAGGGGUGUGUAGGAGAUCUUGUUGUUCUGAAGUGGCGUGGUUUCUCUGGUUUUUGUUGAUUGUAUUUUGGUUGAUGGCUUGGAUAAACCGUAAUUUUAAUUUUUUCUUAGAUGCACGUGGGCGGUUUGUGUUUCAUCUUGGGCAGGGGUGCACCGCCUCUUUGCACACGUUUGCGCUAUGAUAGCCUGGACAGCACCUUGUUUUGAACAACGAAGUUUUAAGCCCUUGGCAUUUCCACAGCAAAACAGAUUGGAUGUUUUUGACAAACGAAUCACCAGCGUUUCCUCUUCGGCUAUGCUAUUCCUGACCGACC